UAUCCAUCCUUGUUGCAUACUAUAAAACUUUGUGAACAUCAAUCAAGUGACCUGUUUUGACAAAAUAGUAUGCCAACAAACUUAUCCCUUUUCCUGACAUGCAUCUCUCUUUCUUCUAAGUUGCUUGCUAGCAUAUUUCUCCAUAAAGAGGAAGAAAUUUCAAAGUGGAUGUGAAAUAUAUAAAAAAAAAAAAUGUCAUUGAAACAAUCUUCAGCUUCGAUAGGGAAUGUAGUUGGGCCAUAUGGGGAAGAAACACUGGUAUGUCAAUUUAUUCACAUGACAAAUUCACAGGGAAGCACAUGGUUCGGCGGAGAUCCCUUCUCCUACACGGUCCCCCUUCUCUUAGCGCAGUUUUCUCUCAUCUUCCUCGUCACAAGCCUCGUCUGGUUGCUCCUCAGACCUUGCAAGCAAGGCUUGAUCAGCGCACAGCUUAUCGGAGGCGUGAUCAUGGGGAAGUCUUGCCUGGGUCGCAUCAAAGCUUACAGCGAGCAGGUGUUUCCCCCGGGAGGAAGACAGAUUCUAGAAACGUGCGCGGACUUAGGUUUCAUCUUGUAUCUCUUCAUACUCGGGGCCCACAUAGAUUUAAACUUGGUGAGGAAGGUGGAGAGGUAUGCAGUGGUGAUCGGCGUUUCAUGCUUCGUGGUGCCUCUGGGCAUUGGCCUCGGCGUCAUUCUCAUAGUGACUCGCGCAAUGGAGCUGGACUCCCCCACGCAGCAAUCCCUCCCUUUCAUCGCAAGUCUCACCGCCAUAUCUUCCUUCCCGGUCAUCACCAGCCUCCUCACCGACCUCAACAUCCUCAACUCCGAGAUCGGAAGGAUAGCCACUCUCGCCUCCCUCGUCAGCGACAUCUGCAACUACGCGCUCUCUCUCGUGUUUGGUGGAGUCGUCGUGUACCUCAUGAGCAAGCAGUUCGCCGUCAUAAUGUCGGUUAUCUGUGCCAUCAUAUUCCUCCUCAUCAUCGUCUUCAUACUUCGCCCCAUGAUCACAUGCAUCGCUAAUCGUGUCCCGCAAGGCCAUCAGAUGAAAGAGUCCCAGUUCGUGGUGGUGGCCGUGCUCGUCUUGAUCUGCGGCUUGGGUUCCGAGGUCUUGGGGCAGCCUGCGGGGCUUGGCACUUUCAUCCUGGGCGUCGUGAUUCCUGACGGCGGCGGCUUGUUGGCUAAUAAGAUGGAGACAUUCAGCACAGGGCUGCUUGUUCCGGCCAAGUUUGUCAUCAGUGGUCUUAUAAUGGAUUUUUCUGCCAUCAGAAGUCUUUCCGGAUCUGCGUAUGGGAUAGUCCUCUUCAUCUGCUACACUUCCAAGUUCAUCGCCGUCUUUAUCCCCUCGCUCUACUACAAGUUGCCCACCAGAGACGCUGUGGCGUUGGCUCUCAUAAUGUGCUGCAAAGGCGCCAUUGAAGCUGCUCUGUAUAUCACCUUGUUCGAGGAUGGGGUGAUAGGGCGUGAAGCAUAUGCAUGUCUAUUACUAUCAAUGUUGAUGGUGACCGGAAUAGCUCGACCUUUGAUAGCACACCUGUACGACCCAUCGUCUCGAUACCUAGGCAUCUGCAAGAACUCAAUCAUGCUAAAUCAGCCCGACGACGAGCUGCGGAUGCUGCUUUGCAUCCACGACGAGGAGAGCGUCCCGACCAUGAUGACCCUCCUGGACGCUAUGUACGGGAACAGGCCCAUCACGCUCUUCGCCCUCAACCUCAUGGAGCUCAAGGGCAGAGGCGCCGCCGUUCUCGAACAGACCCACCACACCAACCAGUCGUGGUCGAAAGCGCUCAACUCCUUAGCGGAGAAGAACGCCGGCUACCUGGUGGUCCGCCACUUCACCUCCAUCUCCCCCUACGCCAGCAUGCACGACGACGUAUGCACCCUGGCCGCCGACCAGGUCACCAACAUCGUCAUCCUCCCUUUCCACAAGCAGUACACCAUCGACGCCACCGUGGGGCUCAACUCCCCUUCCGUCAGGAUGGUGAACCAGAAUGUGAUGGCUAAGUCGCCCUGCUCCGUCGCCAUCCUCAUCGACCGAGGCCAGUUCCUCACCAACCAGAAAUCCAACCACACCUUCCACGUCUGCCUCCUCUUCCUAGGCGGCAUGGACGACUGCGAGGCCCUCGCCUUCUGCACCGGCUUCAUCCACAACCACAUGGUGGCCAUCACCUUCAUCUGGAUACGCCCUUGGGACCACGUCAAUUACACCCAGCAAACCAUGGAGAUCGAGAUGGUCAACCAAUUCAAGGCCAAGACCAUGGGUAACCAACGGAUCACCUUCAAGGAGGAGCUUGUCAAGGACGCCAUUGACACCACUAGAGUUAUCGGAUCCAUCAAGGACUACGACUGCGAUCUCUGCGUCGUGGGCCGCUACCACGAUGCCGACUCUGAGGUCCUCGCCGGGAUCAAUGAGUGGAGCGAGUGUCCCGAGCUAGGGGUCAUCGGGGACAUGCUCGCUACUCCCGAUUUCCACUUCUCCGUGCUGGUGGUGCAGCAGCAGCCGCCGGGGGCGGAUGUCUCCGACUACACCGCGCUCCAACCCGUUGCCAGCGGCUAUAUUUCAUCGUCGCGUUACAGCGACUGCAAAGACGACUUCGACUCAUUCCACCGGGUCUAGUACUGCCUCAUAAUCUGCAAAUAGGUUAAUUAGUUUAUGGGAUUUUAUUGCACUUUUUUGUCUUUGACUUUGAUGCUAACAGAGAUGAUAACUUUGUUCUGCGUUCUUCAACUUGUCAUACAAUUUUUUAGUUAUCACUAUGCAACAUCAGAGGCUCUCCAUUCCUAAUCAAUCCCCAGUUCCUAUACUAUAUUGAUAGUAUGUGUUGGCACAUUUA